CGAAACGGCAGUCCGGCUGAUAGUCCAAGGACAGACGCUGCGUACAUCUAUGGGCGCAAAUAGCGAGGCCCUUUCCUGGCAAACCUGGGACGUCUCUACCCUUCAAGGAAAACGCGCCGUGAUUGAAAUCAUUGACAACGCGACCGGCGGCUGGGGCCAUAUAAACGUGGACCAGAUUUCCUUCUCCAACACGCGGGCAACGCACACCGUCGCCAACUGGGUUGACUGGGGCCCAGAUUUCUAUGCCGCACUGGGGUUUAAUGGCCUCCCGCGCGACCAGCGCACCAUUAUUGCCUGGAUGAACAACUGGCAGUAUGCGGGUGUCAUUCCAACAGAUCCGUGGCGCAGUGCAACGGCGAUUCCACGGCGCCUCGCGCUCAAGUCUAUCGACGGCAAGGCGGUGCUGAUUCAGGAGCCCGCGGAAAAGUGGAAGGCAAUUACUAACGGGGGUCAAGUUUCCACCUUCCGCCGCGUGGACGGGGUGCGAGAGCUUGGCCGCAUCGGGAAAGCGCUACAGAUCGAAUUGACCUUCGCCAACAGGGCGGCCAUAUCCCAGAGUGAAAACGCUGAAUUCGGAAUCACAGUCGCUGCAACAAAGGACUAUGCCCAUGAGACGAGAGUUGGAUACGACUUUUCCACGCAGGAGGUCUUUGUCGACCGCACGCGUUCGGGGGAUGCGUCGUUUGAUUCCACCUUCGCCGGUGUGUAUCGGGCGCCAUUAGCCCCAGCAGCAGACGGGACAGUUUCGCUUCAGAUCUUUGUCGACUGGUCAAGCGUUGGGGUCUUUGGUGGCGAGGGGGAGGCCACAAUCACGAGCCAGAUCUUUCCCUCGCAAGAUGCCGUGUACGGCCGGCUCUUCUCUACCGGCGGCAAGACCAGUGAUGUCAAGAUGCGAGUCAAAAAAGUGAACUCUACAUGGCGGCGGUAG